AUGGACAAGCACAAUUACGAAGCCGAAUCAGGCGAUUUGAAGCAAAUUCAACGUGAACAUCAAUUGUCGGAAAAAAGAAAAUCAGCAACUAGCAGCAGCUCCUCUUUACUUGAAAGACGUCAAUCGAAUUCUUUAAGUGCAUUAAGCAGUGAUGAAGCCAUUACGCCUAUGCCAACAGGUGCUGAGCGUAUGGCCGCAUUAAAAAAUCUAGGUGCUACUUUUGAAGAAGGCCAAAGAUCAAUAGCUAAGGUGGCCACACCUACAGAAACUAUCGUACCCAGUUUUGUUGACUCAGAUCAUUUGGAGAAAAUUCUGCAUGAAAAGAAAAACAAGAACCUUUCAGAUACCUGUAAAGAGACAAAAGCGCUUUAA